ACAGAGGGAGGGCAAAAGUGAAAGAGUUUAGAGUACUCAACAAUCGUUUAGUUACCUUGUUAUUGCUAAUUAUAACUACCUGCAAUACAAAUUUCGUUAUGCACACGAUAAGCUUUCGUCUCUCAAUUAUUUUACAAUAGAAUUUGCAUUAGUGCUAAACGCUCAUGUGCCAAGAUGAAGCGUGAAUCCCGUUGUUGUUUAGCCACAGUGUUUCUUUUGUUUCUGAUAAUUUGUGCCUCAGUAUUAAUUUAUAUACUGCUUGCAAAUAAACUGCAUAAUACUUAUAAAUUGCAACAAGUUCUAAUUUUGAGCCGACACAAUGCAAGAUCUCCAACAUCAGAAGUGCUCGCCAAAAUCUCACCACAUUCCUGGCCGAAAUACGAGGAAAUUCCUGGACAUUUAACGAAAAAAGGAUUUCUGCUGGAAGGCUUUAUGGGUAACUACUUCUCAGCUUGGAUGGUUCAAGAAAAUCUUAUAAAAUAUGGUUGUCCCUCGCAGGAAGACUAUUUUGUUUAUGCAAAUUCUGUUGAAAGAACUCUCUCCUCGGCUAGAGCUUUUCUUGAAAAAGGUUACCCAAACUGUAAUAUUUCUAUUCAUCAUACAGACCAACCGGAUCCAGUAUUUAGUCCUUACAUACAUAAUUCGAGUAGUAUUUUUAAAGAAGUUGCUUUGAAGGAAAUGAAUAGAAUGCUGAAUGAAUUAAAUUUGAAUGCAUCAUAUUUGAAAAUGCAAGAUAUAUUGAAUUAUGAGCAAUCUGAAUUCUGUAAGGUUGAAAGAAAUUGUCACCUGACUACUGACAGCAAUGAAGUAGGUAUCGCAGCAGGGAAGAAGCCAAUACUGUCUGGACCGUUGAAGAUAUCUAAUGAAGCUGUCGAUGCAUUCUUGAUGGCAUACUACAAUGGAUUUCCCGAGGACGACAUUGGCUGGGGAAAACUAAAAACUCUAGAAGACUGGGACUCAAUAUUGAAGCUUGCAAAUGGUUAUCAUGAUGUGGUGUUCAACACAACACAUGUCGCUACUGACCUGGCUAUGCCGCUUUUGAAAUAUAUGCGCGAUAUCUUUCUAAACAAGGACUACAAAGCAAUAUUACUGAUGGGGCAUGAUGCUAACAUCCAUGUACUACUGAAGUUAAUAUCUAUAAAGCCUUUUGGCUUGCUCAAUAGUUAUGUAAGCACCCCUAUCGGGGGUAAAAUUGUGUUUCAGAAGUGGUUGAGUGUUGAGAGUAACAAGUAUUAUUUGAAAAUUAACUAUAUAUAUCAGUCAACUAAACAGUUAAGAGAGGGUAUCAGCUUGUCUAUAGACAAUCCUCCUUUAUCAAAAUUGUUAGAGUUAAAUAAUUGUGCUACUAAUGCAGAUGGCUAUUGUCCGUGGGAUAAGUUUAUGAAGUUUCUAAAAACUUUUUAACCUGCACAUUGGAUGACAAAUGACAAUAUCACCAUUGCUGUUAUAAUUUUAUGAUACUUUUCAUGAACUUUAUUAAUGCUACUAACUACUGGCACUGCUCUUCCAAAUAUUAGUUAAGUAAAUAGUUAUUAUUCUUUCAGUUUAAGGUAAUAUAG